UCUUCGAUCUCCCUAUAUAUAAUCCUCCAUCACUUCACCUGUGAAGACAGUAUAUAUCAUUGCAUCGUUCUUUCACUUGCUUUCUUGCAGCAAAUUGUAGUGGUAAUUGAACCAGAGGAAUUAGAGCAUCUCGAGAAAAAGAGGAAAGGGGCGAAGACGAGCAAUCUGUUGGUGGGUUGCAAUUGCUUGGUUUGGGGAGAAGAGGGCACGCAGGGUAUCAUUGGAUUGAUGGGGCUGAGGGAGAUGGAUUCGGCUCUGCCACCGGGCUUCCGGUUCUACCCGAGCGACGAGGAGCUGGUGUGCUUCUACCUGCGCAAGAAGGUGGCCAACGAGAGGGUCGCCUCGGGGACCUUGGUCGAGGUCGACCUCCACGCCCGCGAGCCGUGGGAGCUCCCCGAUGUGGCUAAGCUCACCGCCGAGGAGUGGUAUUUCUUCAGUUUUAGGGACAGGAAGUAUGCCACGGGUUCACGAACGAACCGUGCAACCAAGACGGGCUACUGGAAGGCGACCGGCAAGGACCGGAUGGUCCAUGAGCCAGGCACGCGUGCAUUGGUCGGCAUGAGGAAGACGCUGGUGUUCUACCGUGGUCGCGCUCCCAACGGGCAGAAGACCGACUGGGUCAUGCAUGAAUUUCGCCUCGAAACACCUAACGCGCCACCAAAGGAGGACUGGGUGCUGUGCAGGGUGCUCAACAAGACCAGGAAAACCUCAGAAGCCGAGCAAGGCGGCAGCAGCAGCAUCCAUCACAGCCAUGCCGCCACCGCCACCGACGCUGGCCCCUCCUCACCGCCGGCUCUCCUCGGCUCGCCGCCCGACCCAGCGGCGGCAGCGGCGGACGAAUUAUUCUACCAGUGCCAAGUAGCGACGGGCAACCAUUGCGGCAGCACCGACGCCCUGCUGAUGAACCUGCAGGCGAUGCUGCAGCAGGGCAGCUUGUUGGACUACUGCAGCCCGCGGGUGCUGCACGAUGACAUGCCGGUUGGACCCCACAACGCCGGCUGCACCAGUGGCAGCAAAGCCGUGGCCGCCAUGGAGCCUGAGCCGGAGCCGGAGCUGGGGCUGGGGCACGCGGUGUUCGAGGAGCAUGGCAUGGGGGAGAUCGAGAUGGAGUACUCGCAGGCGCAGGGUGUCUGCUGCUACAGGGAUGUGCUAUACUUAUAGCAGGUAGCAGAACAAGAGAACUCUGAAUUGUUGGGUGUGUAUACAAAUGGGUAGUUAAAUUUGUGUGUGGCAUGCUGAAGGAAAGUUAAUGUGCAUGGUACAGAUCGAGAGUUUAGAGAGUCUGGGUUGAUUAGAGUGAGAAAUUAAGGAGAGUGAUAUUUGGUUCUUGUGAUUUCUGGUUAUGUAUAUGUACGUAAUGAGCGAUCAAUUUAAGGUAAGUGUGUAGUUAGCUUGUAUUUUUUUUAAGUAUAAGUGGGAUGCACUCAUGCACAAGCACCUUGGCUGUGAAUCUCUGUAGUAAAGAUGGUGAGGUCAUAGUAAAUUUGA